AUGGAAAAACCACAAUACACUGCUUGGGUCACCCUCUUCCGCAACACGGCUCGCGCCUACCAAGUGUUGGAUCACAUUGAUUCAACUGCCACACGUCCCAGCGACGUUGAUGACGAUCUUUGGGGUCGUCUUGAUUCCAUUGUUCUUCAAUGGAUCUACGGUACCAUUCACGAGGACCUCAUUUAUGCCAUUCUUGAUGAAAAGGCCACGGCUAUGGUGGCUUGGGGUAAACUCCGUGAUCUUUUUCAAGACAACAAGGGCACUCGUAUUGUUCAUCUGGAAAACCAGUUUGGUACCAUUAAAAUGCAAGAUUUCGCCUCCUCGGCUGCCUAUUGUCAAUCGCUCAAAUCUACGGCCGACCAACUUUCGAGUUUGGGCCACUCGGUUUCUAAAGAACGGCUGGUACUUCAGUUGGUUUCAGGCCUCACCGAUGAAUUCGACACUGUGGCGACGUUUAUUCAGCAAUCUCAGCCAUUGCCUUUGUUUCAAAAUGCCCGGUCCAUGUUGGCUCUCGAAGAAACCCGCCGGAAUCAAUCCAAGAAAAUCGGGUCCUCUUCUAAUACUGAAACGGUUUAUAUGUUUCAACCUCCAGGUUUUCAGGACUCCACUAAUCCAAAGGGUGUUUGUUUGCUUCAAAAGUCUCUCUAUGGUCUAAGCAGGCCCCGGGCUGUACCAGCGAUUUGCCACUUAUCUCUUGUCCAUUGGCUUUGUGAGCAGCAAGUGUGA